GCACUUUGUCUGAAUAAAUGAAGUCGUUCAGGUGAAACUUUGUUCAUAAACACGUCGCUUCAACCGAUCUCUAAAAGAUCUCGAAACUUAGAUCUCCAUUCUGAAUCGUGUCUUUUUCUGAGGCAUAUGGAAUGCCUGAUACAUAUAACUGUCUAAAUAAUUUAAAGGAUACUAAUAAAAAUGAUGAACGGAAGCACUGAGAAGAAAUCAACCGAGGAAUCACAUAAUAAUAAUACAAUAUUCCAUAUAGGUCCCAGGAAGGAAUUCUUGAGCGAUGACGAGUACUUCAUGAUUACAGCUCAUUUAACUGCUCAAAGGAGUAAAGAUCCAGUUACACCGGUGGGAGCAUGCAUAGUAACCUCGGAUGGCAAGCUGGCCGGUACUGGUUUUAACAAAAUGCCAGACGGAUGUCUAGAUGAUGAGUUCCCAUGGGACGAACGUGAUCUCAAAAAUAAAUAUGAUACCAAGUUUCCCUACGUGACUCACGCAGAGCUUAACGCAUUGAUGGAGAAGCAGGGAUGUGACGUCAGAGGGGGUAAGAUUUAUAUAACGCUGUUUCCCUGCAACGACUGUGCCAAGAUGAUCAUACAAGCAGGCAUUAAACACGUCUUCUACGCCUCUGAUAAGUACAGGGAUAGUAACAUCUACCUCAUGAAAGCAUCUGAAAUGAUGAUGGACUCUGCUGGAGUUACAUAUACGAAACUCCGACCUACCUCAAUUGUCAUAUCUCCUGAAGAAGAGUAAGAAAUCAUUCUAGCCAUACCAACAGUACGACUGAUGAUACUGCGACCGAAGAAGAAAUGUCAUAUGCAUAAAGAAGGAUAAGAACAGUAACUGGUUGUCAUUGGUGUAGAAUACGAUGAAUAUGAUACGAUAUUAUUUUUUGUGUCAUUUAAGCUUUUAAAUUUAUGCGUUAUACAUUGAUAAAGAGAUGAAAUUCAGAAUUAUAGAAGUCUACGUUGAUACCUCAUUUCAAUUACUUAUGAAGUUUAGAAGAGCGGAAGAUAUGUUUACCAUUUUUUAGCAUAAUAAUUGGUGUUAUUCAGAUGAUUUCUCAGAAUAUAAUAUGAUAAACCCUACCUCUUUACCUAUUUUAAUGCAUGAUCUUCACUGUUCAAAGUUUAUGUAAAUGAUAUGACAAAAUGAUUAUGAUAUGAAUUUUAGUCCCUCAUUCUUUCAAAUUUCCCAUAGAAUCAUCUAAAAUAUAAUCAACUUUAUUGGCAUUGUUGUGUUUUUUCUUACCUUUACCUUUUAAUCAAUCAUCAAAAAUAUACUUUUCAAUAGACUCAACUUCAUAAAUAUUAGUUUAUUAGUGGGAAUUACUUUUAUAUUGUCAAUUAACAUGUUCACUGUAUAGAUUACUGUUUAUUAUAAAUAUUUAAUGGGCAUUACUUUUAUAUCGUAUAUAUUACUUUUCUUUUACCACGAAAUAAUGGGCAUUAAAAUAUAUCAGUAGUCAUUACCUUUCUUUAGCAAGUAAAAAUGUUUAUAGCAUUCUUGCAAAAGGAUUCUAUCCAUUACACGAUUUUGAUGGGCAUUAUUUUUUUAUAUUAUAUUUACAUACGCUUAAUUUAAUCACUUUAGUGAAGCAUCUUUGAUUUCUAUUUCAUUCUAUGAACACAUGUAGAUAAUUUUUGUUUUCAAUAUUGUGUAUGAAUCAAAAUAAUCUGUGAUUGUUGGAGAUGAAAGGUAUUCUUAAACAGGAAUGAAAACCGAAAUGAAAAUUGCA